UCUCUAGGCUCUGUUUUGGAUAUUAUAAAGCACAUUGUGGCCAAAGGAGAACACAAGACUGGUGUCCUGGAUGAACCCUGUAUAGCCACAAUCCUUAAGGAGGUGCUGGAGGGGCUGGACUACCUGCAUAAAAAUGGACAAAUCCACAGGGAUGUGAAAGCAGGAAAUAUUCUUCUUGGAGAAGAUGGAUCAGUGCAAAUUGCAGACUUUGGCGUUAGCGCAUUUCUGGCCACUGGUGGUGACAUUACCAGAAAUAAAGUCAGGAAAACUUUUGUGGGCACACCUUGCUGGAUGGCACCAGAAGUUAUGGAACAGGUCAGAGGAUACGAUUUCAAGGCAGACAUUUGGAGCUUUGGGAUCACUGCUAUCGAACUGGCUACAGGGGCAGCUCCUUACCAUAAAUCCCCGCCAAUGAAGGUUUUGAUGCUGACGCUACAAAAUGAUCCUCCAUCUCUGGAAACCGGUGUGCAAGAUAAGGAGAUGCUGAAGAAGUAUGGAAAAUCAUUUAGGAAAAUGAUUUCGUUGUGCCUACAAAAAGACCCUGAAAAAAGACCGACAGCAGCAGAGCUCUUAAGACACAAAUUUUUCACGAAAGCAAAGAAUAAAGAAUUUUUACAAGAGAAGAUGUUGCAGAGAGCCCCAACAAUCACUGAAAGAUCUAAAAAGGUCCGGAGAGUCCCGGGUUCCAGCGGACGUCUUCAUAAGACUGAAGAUGGUGGCUGGGAAUGGAGUGAUGAUGAACUAGAUGAAGAAAGUGAGGAAGGCAGAGCAGCAAUUUCACAGCUCAGGUCUCCCAGAGUGAAAGAACCUGUACAGAAUUCCGAGCUGUUCCCAUCAGCUGAGCCUCCAGGUCCUUCACUCAAUGCUCCAGCACAGGCACCUACUCAACUACCUCAGGCUGCAGCACAAGUACCUGCACAACCUCCAACUGCUGUACCUCCACCCAGUCAGGCUCCUCCAGCAGCCCCAGCAGCAGCCCAG